UCCGCCUUGGCAUAUUACUAGAAAUUUCCAAUUUUUAUAAUUUUCCUGUAAUAUCAUCUUAAAUUUUAAUUUAAAAUGGCCAAGUGGGGAUGUGGAGAUCCUAGAUGGAUAGUCGAAGAAAGAAGCGACGCUAAAAAUGUUAAUAAUUGGCAUUGGACGGAGAAAGAUGCAUCAUCUUGGUCAAAUUGUAAAUUAAAAGAACUACUUACUGAUAUAUAUAUUGAAAAUGACACAGCUGCUAUAAAGGUAGGCGACAUUACCAAAAUGGAAGGGGAAGCAACUGCAAAUAAUAGGAAGUCUAAAUUAAUAUUUUUUUAUGAAUGGAAUAUAGUAGCUGAUUGGACUGGAUUUUACAAACCUGAUAAGUCCAAAGUUAAAGGAUCUUUGGAAAUCUUAAAUCUCAGCGAAGAACAUGAACCAAAAGAUGUUGAUAUUGAUAUCUCUCUCAAAACCUCAGAUACAGAUAAUAAAGAUUCCACAGAACCAAACCUUGAUGUUAACAUUAAAUGUAGUGAGGAAAGUAAAGAUAAACUUAAACAUAUUAUGCAAACCCAGGGAGUGAAAGAAAUUCGCAAAGUUAUUGGUGAAUAUAUAAGACAGUUAAAAGAAGAAUUUAGCAAAGAUAUUAUAUUACCUACAAAUAAAAAGAUAGAAGUAAAUGCAGAUAAUGAUAAUAUUAAAAACUCACAAAAUAUAAAAAAACAUAUUUCUGUUGCACAUUCCAUAUUAGAUAAGGAUGAUGAAAACAUUGACAAAAUAAACCAUGGUCAAGAGGUGAAUUUACAAAUGUUCAAAACCAAAAAAUUGAUCCAAAAUGAAAAUUUUAACACUACCCCAGAAGAACUAUUUUCUAUACUGACUGACAUUAACAAGGUCCAAGCGUUCACCCGUAAUCCCGUGAACCAAUAUGAAGUUCAUCCCGGGGGUGGGUUCAGCCUUUUAGGUCAAAACAUAACGGGCACGUUUAUGGAGAUAGAUCCCUCGAGUCUCAAAUUAACGUGUAAGUGGCGCCUUUCCUUCUGGCCCCAGGGUCAUUUUUCCGUUGUCGUCAUCGAAAUUAAUGGCGGAUCUGAUGGACAGGGUGGUGGGGCCGCCCUAAAACUAACCCAGACAGAAAUACCCGAGGUUUAUUAUGACACAACCAGUCAAGGCUGGUAUCGGUACUACUGGAAACCUAUACGGGACACCUUUGGGAUAUGAGACUACAAUCUCUGACUUCGACUUUGUCUUGCAUCGGAAGAAUAGUGAUAAUCAAUGAAUCAAUUUAAAAAAUAUUUGUUUUACACUUCCUCCAUCUCUUUAAAAGCUUCUUUUUUUUUUAAAAAAAAAAAUUAUACUUUUAUUUGUAUCUCUGUCAUUUUUUUGAAUACUUUGUUCUCCAUCCCAAUUUAAUUAUGAUGAAUUUAUAUAUCAUAACUUUAAAAAAAAAUAUAUUUUCCGAAUCAAUAAAUAAUUUCUUGUCAUUUUUUUUUAAAAAACCUUCAUCCGUCAUAUAAGUUUGUGUAAAAACCUAUUAUCUAGUCCAAUCUCGUUAGGGCCUAUUUUUUUUUUUAAAUUAAAAAAUAUAAUAUAUAAUUUUUUGUAUAAAUAUCUAGUGUUGUUAAAUUAUCUAAUUUUGACCAUCUCUACUGUAGUAGCUUAGUGAAGCUUUUAGCCUAAGAAAUUGAAUUAAGCUUCUAAGCUGAGUCUCAACUUGAAGAUUGAUUCUAAUAUUUUUGAAUAAAAAUAUGGCUAUGCUCUUAUAGUUGGCUAAAGUUAGGUACUUUAACAGUACUAACACCAAUUAUCUCUUAUCUCUACCUUUCAGUUUGUAAGCAUUGUAAUGCCUAAAUAAAUAAUAUUGCUUAUAAGAAUAAAUAUUAAAUUUUAUUUCAUAGUUUCCAAGCUUACAAAAAAAAAUCAUCUGUUUUGACUGAUAUUAUUAUAUAAUAAUUAACGCACAUUUAAAGACUAAUAUUUCUCAACUUUUACAUCCAUCACUCAUUUGGCGAAUUUAUGGUGAACACAACUUUUUACCGAAUAUACUCUUUAUAUGACUUUAGUGACGAAAGUCUAAUCACAACUUAGGGAUAGUAAAAUAUAUCUUUUUUUUUGUAACCAUUUCCAAUUCACCCAUUUUUUUUACAUCAAUUGAUAUUUUUUAUCAAAAAAGGGAAUAUUUUUGAAAAUCAAGAUUUAUAAUUUCAAUGUCGCAAUAAUAUAAUCUAUCUUCUUAACUCCGUGAAUUGGCUAAAUACAACAACCCACUCUUCAGGCAUUUUUUUUUAUCUCUUAAAUAUUAUGUAAAAUAUUAAUUUUUUUUUGAUUUUUAGGGUUAUUCAAUGUUUUGUAUUCUAAUAAAUAUAGGAGAUUUGUUAUAAUAAAU